AUGACUAUGUUCUGGAUGGCUACUCAUAAAAUUUUAUGGAGAUUAUGUGCCUUGGCUUAUUGUAUGUUUGUAGUAAAUUCCGCAUAUUUCUCACAUAAUUGGAUGAGAAUUGAGAAGGCUAAACUGGAUAAAAAAAAUUAUGAAAUGAUCAAAAAUUUGCAUUUGAAUUGGUACAGUUAUGCGUUGAAAGCUCUAAUGGCUCAAUUUGGGAGGCAGUUAUAUGAUAAUCUCAAGAGACCAAAGUCAUUUGAUCAAAAAAACAAUUCACGAAAAUACAUCGAUGUUAAAAACAAUGUAAACCGACAAAUUAGUUUUUUUAGGCCCAGCACAGAAAAACUAAGCAAAGACAAUCAUUCCGAAGUGCAUGCAUCGGGAAAUCAAGUGAGAUUCUCGCGAAUCGACACUGGCAGAUUUAUAAAAAGGCAAAUGGAUUCAUUAAAAGCUAAUAAGAUCUUCCAGAUUCACCGUACACUAUUGCAUGGUAAAUCUUCUACAGUGAAUGCAAAUAAAACAGUAUCAUUCCUAUCCGCAAUUAAUAUUGAAACCAACAAAAACGCCGAUACAAAGACUUGGCUAAGGAUAAUUACUGGCAAUUUUCUUUUAUUAAAACUAAUAAUCGCUUUGAUGAAAAGCAGGGAAAUGUUAAGUGGCCUCGUCAAUUUCUUUGAAAAAUAUAAAUUGGGCAUAAACAAUAUCGAACUUCUGAGUGUUAAAAUUGCUCCACUCUCACCCGACAAUAUUUCAGAGGGAUCACGGAUUCUAUCUCCUUCUAUUUUCGCCUUUUAUGACGACCAAAGCGCUGAUAACAUCAUUUCUCUGCCAAAAGUUUUUGUUUUUUUGUUACGUAAUUCGGAAAAUUCGCUUAAAAUUAUUCAAUUCAAUUUUAUUCUGGAUUUCAAUUUCUAA